AAGAAGAGAACCGGAAGUGGUAAUCUUGAAGUAGCAGCAGACGGUUCAAAAAGCUAAAGAGCUAACAGUUGGAGAGAAGAACGAUUUUCCUCUCAGCACUUAACAUUACAGUUAUUUACUUGUGUUCUUCAAGAGUUCUACAUCACAUUAAUUCCGAAAGACAUGGCCACUGAUUGGUUGGGUAGUUUGGUGUCUAUUAACUGUGGGCCAACACUGGGAGUCUAUCAAGGAGAAGUCUCAUCCGUGGAUCAGUCCAGCCAGACCAUCUCCCUAAAACAGCCUUUCCAUAACGGAGUCAAGUGUCCCGUCCCUGAGGUCACAUUCAGUGCCAUUGACAUAAAGGAGCUAAAGAUUCUAGACAUCAGAAAUGGCAAUGGUAGGACAAGCUCUACUGCAUCUACAAAGAUAAACAGUGUGCCAGUUGCUGUCCCAAAAGGUGACCCCAGGUCUGUGGAAAAACUGAACUCUCCACAGCACUGCUCUAAAAGUUAUGGAGAUCGUCAUCUGGAUGUACCUGGCCAGCCUAAAGGAUUUCGUCGAAGACAUAACUCCUGGUCAUCUAGUAGUAAAGGGCCAAACCAAGUGACACCGAAGAAGAAUGGGGUGAAGAAUGGUCAGAUGAAGCACAGAGACGAUGAGUGUUUUGGAGACGGCGUGGAUGAUGGCCUUGAUACAGACUUUGAUUUUGAAGGAAACCUUGCUCUUUUUGAUAAAGCAGCAGUUUUCUCAGAAAUCGACAUAUCAGAGCGCCGUAAUGGUGCGAGGUCACGUGGGACUCCUCAAGAGCAGACUCCUUCACGGUACCGUCACGAUGAAAACAUCCUGGAGGCCAAACCUAUUGUGUAUAGACAGAUUACUGUACCACAGCCUGGGGCCAAAGAAUACUGCACUGACUCUGGACUUGUUGUACCGAGUAUAUCCUACGAACUGCACAAGCGUCUGUUGUCUGUUGCUGAGCGUUACGGUCUCUCACUGGAGAGAAGACUUGAGAUGACUGGAGUUUGUGCCAGUCAGAUGGCACUUACACUGCUAGGAGGGCCCAACAGAUUCACUCCAAAAAAUUUACACCAGCGUCCCACAGUGGCGCUGCUGUGCGGCCCUCAUGUUCAGGGCGCUCAGGGCAUCAGCUGUGGUCGCCACCUGGCCAAUCAUGAGGUGGAGGUCAUCUUAUUUCUGCCAAACUUUGUCAAGAUGCUUGACUCUGUGACCAGUGAGCUCACACUGUUUAACAAGACAAGUGGCAAACAGGUGUCCAGUAUCAAAGACCUCCCGGACACCCCAGUGGAUCUAAUCAUUAAUUGUCUGGACUGCCAUGAGAACACAUUCCUGAUGGAUCAACCUUGGUACCGGGCCGCUGCAGACUGGGCUAACCAGAACAGAGCGCCGGUGCUCAGCUUAGACCCUCCUGUUAGUGGACAGGGGCAGGCAGUCGAGGCCAAAUGGUCCCUCUCACUUUGCCUCCCGCUCCCUCUGGCUGAGGGGGCUGGCAGGGUUUACCUGUGUGACAUAGGUGUUCCUCGCCAGGUGUUCCAGGAAGUUGGAAUCAAAUACCAUUCUCCCUUUGGCUGCAAAUUCGUCAUCCCCCUGCACUCUGCGUAAAGGGUCCACUGGUCGUCAUGGCAGAUCAAAUCUUUCACCCUCCUCAACCUUUUGGGUUUUGAUGCCUUAUAUUCCACAGCAUCAGCUGUUUUUCAGUUUCUAACUCAGCAUCUGAAUGGGACUUUUCCUUCAUACUGCAGCACCACUGUUUGGUAAAUUCAUUGUACAAGGAUUUCGUGCAUGUUGAUGGAGAAGAUCUCAAAUCUUUAUUGAAAGACGGAUGUCUUGAUUACUGGAGGCAAUAGCAGAUAGUGUAGAUAGAUUAAAAUCAGUUAUUGAAAUGUACAACUGAAGUGUCAAAGAUUAUGUGAUAUAAAAUUCAGUUUUAAAUUGAGUAGGACAAUCUCUGACUUGUAACAGAAAAGUUCUAAAUAUCUUUCAAAUCUAAUUGAGUUUCAAAGCCAUCAGGUAAAGUAACAGAUCCGCCAUAUAAUACAGGCACAUGCAGAAAUCCAGUUUACACUGGUGUUUCCAUUGCUAAUGUCUUUGUUUAUAGCCUGCCAUACUUUGCAGCACUCAGUUACUGUUGUCUGAUGUUUUUUGAAAAAAAGAAAAAAUAUAUCUAAGCUAAUGUGAAGAAUUUGUCAUUUAUAAACAUAAUAGGUCUUCAAGUUAAAUCUUUGUUGAAUGGGGCAGCUACUGGAUGGAGAUCCAGACAACUGUGGUGAACUAGGCUGUGAUAAGGGCUCUCAUAAUAUGGCACAGCAUGUAACAUCUACUGCAUCUUAUUGUUCAGUGAUAUUUUGGUGCAAGAUAACUUUGCUCACUUCUUUUUGGUUCAGUGCUGCCAGAGGAAGGGUCACACCAGUGUGUUUGAAAGUGAAGUACAGCUCAUUCAAAAAUAUGUAGCCUUACAGGAUGCAGGUUGUAGAUUUUCCUACAGUUCUAUAUCGACAUUGUUUUUCAUUCAUUUCUGUAAAACAUAAAAAUUAAUUAGCACUCAAUCAGUUGCGUUGUGUAAUCUCUCACAGGAACAUCAAGUCUGUUAGUUUUUAACCAUGUUGCAUCAUUGUUGCUUGGUAGUGCAGCUUAAACUGUUCAGAAGCCUGUGUUGCAUUACAUUACCAAGAAGUGAUGCAGACUUGACGUGGGCUUGAUUACACAACUAGAGCGGAAACACAUUUUGCAGUAAACAGUUUUUUUUUCUGUUGUACAGAAGUUAAUAGAAGCCUGAAAAGUUGACAGAAUGCACCCAACAGUGAGGUAAAAUAUUAGUGAUAUGACCUAAAAACACUGAUAUGACCCUUCGUGUUUACACAUUUUAACCAUGCAGGUUAAAAUGUCUUUUUUUUUUGUAAAGGAAAGUCAUAACCGACGGAAAUAGGGUGAGCAGUUUCUAUGUGGAGUUCAAAUACGUGUUGAUUUGCUCUAGUCUCCACACAAGAUGCACUGUGUUCCUACCAAUAAGAUUUGGUUGUUGAGAAAGUGCUGAAAACGAUUCUGAAAUGACAAUCUAUUCUGUUCCUGUGGGUUUCUUUUUGGAUGUUUUGCUGGUAUUUCCCAGUACAGCAUGGACUGUAAAAUACAACUCAAGAAGAGCUGCUCAUGUUGUGCUGCUGUUUGAAGAAGUCAAACAUUCUGCUUUCGGAUCACGCUACUUUAAUAUGUAUCCACAACUGGGACCAUAUUGUUUUUCGAGUACAGCAAACGUCAAUGGAUUUUUUUUUUUCCUCACCAACACAUCCUUAAUUUGAAGAUAGAUUGUGCAUUGUUAAGUCAGUGUUGUCCUGAAAAGGCUAAAUUCAAGCACUUAACUGAAAGUGAAGCACUCUUUAUUCCAUGUGUUUGGUCCACAUGUUAACAUCUGAGGAUUAAAACCUUCAAUACAUUUUCUGUAUUUCCUCUGUGCACAUGAAUCUGCGCAGGGUCCACUCACUGAUUCAGUGAAACUUGCUUUCAUGCACAAUGGUUUUGUCCUUUCUCCAACAUUCCUCUGGCCUGAUGUGUAAUGUCACAUCUGUUGAGACAAGUCUGGCUUGGAAACAUCAGCCAGUGUUACUGAAUGUGAAUAAAGCGAGUUUUGUUCGUGUUUGGCCACCAGGAGGCAACGAAAUCAAGAGUUUGGUGGCUCUUCCUUAUUCUGCUGCAACGGUAGCUAUGUGUACUUGACGCUGUUUUCUGAAAUAAUGGUGUUCUAACUUUCCAGAAUGUGAACAGUCAGGAGGCAGGGUUGGAUUUGACUUUUUGGCAGGGAAACACCUGCUCUUUAAAAGUCACUAAUGCCACUUCAGAUGGAUUAAAUUAGUUUACAUGUUCAGUGUUUCUGCAAGUGGGUGUCAAGUCUUUGCACCAUCACUUUACAGUUCAGAAAAAUGCCAGUAAAUAAACUCUGUGAGGUUUAGUCUCCACAGGACGGCUCUUUGUUUUGGGAUCGAAGUUCACUGUCAGGGUUCUUGUGCAAAAAAUACUGUGCAGUCCUCAUGUGUUAUAUCUGCAGAUUGAACCAAUAAUAAUAAUAAAAAAGAACAAUCACCA